AUGACCGAAUGGUUGCCGUUGGAAUCUAAUCCUGAUUCGAUAAAUUCGUUCCUCGAGAAGAUCGGUGUGGAGUCAGUUGAUUGCGUGGACGUUUUCUCCUUCGACGAUGACAUGCUCGAAUUUGUCCCGAAACCGCAACUCGCCAUGCUUUUGUGCUUUCCGGAUUACAAAAAGGUCGACGCUAUAAUGCGGCCGAUCUACGAAAAGUUGAAAGCUGAUGGAGCUAAGGUACCAGAAGGAGUGUUCUUCAUGGAACAAAAAAUUCGAAAUGCUUGUGGAACGUUCGCGCUUUUCCAUGCACUUGGAAAUAUUGAGGGCAAAGUCGAUUUAGGACAAGGCUCCUUUAGCUCAUUUCUUCAAAAGGCGAAGGGUCUACCACCAUCAGAGAUUAGCAAGCUUUUGGAGCAUACGUCAGAUAUUGCCUCAGCACACGAGAACGCAGCAAGAAGUGGCGAGACCGAAGCCCCACCGGGAGACAAGGUUGAACAUCAUUUCAUCUGCUUUGUCAACGUAAAUGGAUUGCUUUAUGAGAUCGAUUCCCGUGCUUCAUUCCCUCGUCCACUUGGCGCGACUUCGGGCGACACGCUGGUGAAAGAUGCGGGCGUCUUCGUGAAGCAAUUGAUGUCGCAAAUGGAGAAUAUCUCUUUUGCGGCCAUGGCUUUGGUGCCAAAGCAG